AUGGGAGACAAAAGAAACAGCCACGACAGUGAAUAUGACCAAGAAGAUUCUGAGGACGACCAACAGUUUGAAGAAAAUGUGUCAAAUCCCCAAAAUGUGGAAGAAUUUGAAGAGAUGAGAUUCAGAGGAGAUUGUAGUGAUGAUGGGGUUGAAACAGAUGAAGAGUUGGCCAGUUUGAAGGGAUCUGAGACAGAGGAGGAUGAAGAUGGGAAUCCUCUCCCUAUAGCAGCUUGGAGAGGCAUAAAGCUCAAGUCUUGGAACAGAAGGGUAGAUCUGAAGAACCCUAGGUUUGUGGUUGGUUUGUGUUUCCCAAAUUCGAAACAGUUGAAGGAGGCAAUCAGGGAGUAUGGUCUGGUGAGCACAAGAGGAAUUUGGUUUCAAAAGAACACAGCCAAGAAGAUUGAAGUUAAAUGUCAGUGGGGAUGUGAUUUUUGGUUGUAUGCUAGUGGGAUAGCUAACCUUGGGCCUAACACAGUUGUCAUCAAGACUCUCAAAUCUGAGCACAAGUGUUCACAUAUUCAUUCCAGUCACCACCUAAACUACAAUAGGGUUGCUCAGGAGGUUCAGCAAGACCUCUUGGUUGAUGAAGAUUGGAGCAGAAAAGGGAUUCAGAACCACAUCCAGAAGAAGUUCAAUUUGGAUGUGAAUGUGCAGACCAUCUCAAGGGGAAAGAACAAAGCCAAAAGGAUGAAUGAGGGACACUAUGUUGAGCAGUACAACAAGCUGGCCAGCUAUAAGAAGGAAUUACUGAGAAGCAACCCAGGUUCAACAGUGGAGAUCAAGACCGAAAUGGUUGGGGACGUGAGGAGGUUUCACAGAAUGUAUGUGUGCUUGCCAGCUUGCAAGAAGGGCUGGAAGGAUGGCUGCAGGCCUUUAAUUGGGUUGGAUGGGUGUCACAUUAAGGGCCACCACCCGGGCCAACUGUUAUGUGCUGUUGGGAUAGAUGCAAACAAUGGGAUGUUCCCCAUUGCCUAUGCAAUAGCUGAGGUUGAGAACACUGAUUCAUGGAGGUGGUUUUUGAGGUACCUCAUGUGGGAUUUGAGGAUUGAGAGGGAUUCAGCCUACACCUUCAUAACAGACAAGCAGAAAGGAUUGGGGAUUGCAAUAGCAGAGUUGUUUCCCAAUGCUGAACACAGGCACUGUGUUAGGCAUAUGUACAACAACUUCAAAGCAAAGCAUCCAGGAGAAGGCCUGAAACAGCUAGUUUGGGAUGCAGCAAGAUCAACUAUUAUUCCUGCUAGGGAUAAGCCAAUAUUGACUAUGCUUGAGAAGAUAAGGAUGGACUUGAUGGUUCGGAUGGCUAAUAGAAGAGUUGCAGUUCGGGGCUGGAAAGAUAUGGUUGGCCCUAGGAUUAAGAAGAUUAUGGAUAAGGUGGCAGAGAGAACUUCAUGUUAUAGAGCAUGGAGUAGUGGUGAAUUUGAGUUUCAAAUUACUGGAGGGGGAGAUAAUGGCAGCAAACAUGCUGUGGACUUGAGGCUUCACACAUGUACAUGUAGGAGGUGGCAAUUGAGUGGCAUACCUUGUGUUCAUGCCAUAUGUGCCAUUAGAAGCAAGAAAGCAGAACCUGCCCUGUUUUGUGAUGACUACUUGAUGCCUUCUAGUUAUAUGGAGGCAUACAGUCCCAUUAUCCAUCCUAUUGCUGGCAUGGCACCAAAAGUUUCAGCUUCAAAGGGUAACACCAGCUUGAAAGAUCAGCUCAUUAAGUCUAGGAAGGCUUGGAAGAAGCGAAAGACCAUGGAGGGCAGCCAAGGUGUCAAUGCAGGGCCUUCUAGUUCACAAACAAGACAUGCACCUCCAACACAAAGUAGCCAAAACCCAGCAGCAAAAAAGGCACAGCAGAAAGGCCAAACUGAAUCUGAAUGGGCAGGAUUUUAA